AUGAUCUCGGAUCAGGCAUCACAGCGAAAAGAUAUGCUCUGGUUUCAUGGCAAACUUUCUCGCGAUCAAGCAUACCGAUUGUUGAUAGAAGCUGGUCAACAAGAUGGCCUAUUUCUUGUUCGUGAAAGUACUAAUGCUCCAGGAAGUUUUGUCCUAUCAUUAUGGAACGAGCAUACAGCAUUUCACUACCAAAUACGUCACCAUGGACAUUGUCAUUUCAGUAUAGAUGAAGGACCUUUAUUUGCAGGUUUAGACACGCUUGUGAAUUAUUACAGGGAGCAAGCUGGUGGACUUGCAACUAAGUUAGUACGAUGUUGUGGUGGUGGUCGGUCUCCGCCUCCAUCUUUAUGUCAGACACAACCUAGUAUUACUGUAGAACUUGGACGAAAUUUACAUCGUGCUUGUGAGGCAGGGGACGAUACAGAGGUGCAUAGAGUACUUCAAGAUCCUAAUAUUAAUAUUGAAUUCAUGAAUGAUGAAGGCGCUACAUCAUUGCAUGUAGCAUGUAAGAAAGGCCACGAAGCGGUUGUAUGGAUACUGCUUGAGUACAAUGCUAAUGUGAAUAGUCGUGAUAAUGAAGGAAGAACACCACUUAUGGUAGGCAUUUGUUAG